GUUUUCUUUCCCAUUCUAAAAAGUGAUAUGCAACUUUCGUUUUCGUAUUUGUUCUUUGGGGAUUUUUUUAUUUAUUGACUCCAUUAUGUUAGUAGCGAAAAAGUUCGAGAGUUUUUCCAAACUCCAACAAACGAUUGCCGUUCGGUAUGAUGAUGAUGAUGGGUGGGAGGAGGAGAGCGAUCUGACUCUGAGGCAGAGAAGAUAUUUUUGUUAUGGGUUCUUGUGUAUCAACGCUGAAUAGCUGCGUUGGAGAGAGGUCGAGCUCCUCCAAGAAGAAGACUUGGAAGAGAAGAAGAUAUGGACUAAGAAGAAGAGUGUCUUCAAACUCGUCUAAUGGAUCAUUGGACAAACCCACCUUUCAAGCUGGUAGUGUUGAGGAGACAUGGUUUGAUUCAGUUGCUGUAUUUGAGUCUGACUGCGAUGAAGACUACUUGAGUGUCCCUGAUGAUGUGGUAUCUUUAAAUGGUAUUGAAGCUGGAUCCUUAUCAAGUUACUCAUCUUCAAGGGAUGCCAACCAUGGAGGUUCAAGUGAUCAGGUGCACAGGUCAGCAGAGUUAUCUGUUCGGUCUACCAGUGCAGAUAACACUGAUUUUCGGUGCAAACAUGAUGGAAGUGUAGUAAAUCAACCUGUAUUUGUGGAUGAUAUUUCAUCAAUGGGUGCUUCCAACAAGGAUGGUGUACUGUUGGACAGUUGUGGGAUUCUUCCAAGCAAUUGUUUGCCAUGUCUUACUUUGCCAGCUGUUCCCUCUGAUGAGAAAAGAAGAUCGUCAAUUUCUGGUUCUCCUAAUGCACAGAGAAAAGCUCCUAUGAAACUCUCUUUAAAAUGGAAGGAAGGAAAUGGGAAUGCCAAUCGGCUCUCCUCAAGAACCCUUCUGCAAAGACCAAUUGCAGGAUCACAGGUACCUUUUUGUCCAAUUGAGAAGACGAUGCUUGAUUGUUGGUCGGAAAUUGACUCAAGCACUUUCAAAGUUCGAGGACAGAAUUAUUUUAAGGACAAAAAGAAGGUAUUUGCUCCCAACUAUUCAGCAUAUUAUCCUUUUGGUGUAGAUGUAUACUUAUCUCCACGGAAAGUGGACCAUAUAGCUCGGUUUGUGGAACUUCCUGUCAUUAGUUCUUCUGGGAAUCUUCCGUCUAUACUUGUUGUAAAUGUUCAGAUUCCUCUCUACCCUGCCACACUUUUUCAAGGUGAAACUGAUGGGAAAGGAAUAAAUUUUGUGUUGUACUUUAAACUUUCUGAAAGUUAUACUAAGGAGCUUCCACAAUAUUUUCAAGAACAAAUCAGAAGGUUGAUGAAUGAUGAUGAAGUUGAAAAGGUCAAGGGUUUUCCUAUGGAUACAAUAGUACCCUUCCGGGAAAGAUUGAAAAUACUGGGCCGAAUUGUCAAUGUGGAAGAUCUUCCAAUGAGUGUCCCAGAACGUAAGCUCAUGCUGGCUUACAAUGAGAAGCCUAUUCUUUCACGUCCUCAACAUGAGUUUUACUCAGGAGAAAAUUACUUUGAGAUUGAUUUGGAUAUGCAUAGGUUCAGUUACAUCUCCAGGAAAGGAUUUGAAACUUUCAUGGAUAGGCUAAAAAUCUGCGUCCUUGAUCUUGGCCUCACAAUUCAGGGGAACAAAACAGAGGAGCUGCCAGAGCAGAUCUUGUGCUGUAUUAGAUUAAAUGCUAUUGACUACAUGAAGUACCCGCAACUGGGAUUAACUCAGGAUCCUAUCUAAUGAAUUUUCAAAAUUUUAUUAGUAUUAUUAUUAUUAUUCUAGAAUUAUGAUCAAUAAUUGUCAGCUGCAAAAUAUAAUUUCAUGGUAUUUUCCUUUUGGGUCA